UUCGGAGUUUCCUUCCCUAAACAGGCCUCAAAACCCAGCUGCCCAACAGCCAUGGAGCGUGCGAAGACCCACAUGGAGCGUGCGAAGACCCACAGCGAAAGUGCUCCUCGGGUCGAAGACCUGGUGGUUGCUGUGCGCGGGCGCUCCCUUGCAGGGACCAAGGAAUUCUUUUCGGAGGAGAGCUAUGAGUCCGACAGAGGCCGAUCCAAGGCAGCGACCACAAGAAGAUUUGGGAUCCAUAGACUGAUCAUGUAUCCGGACAACAACUUCCGGCGCAUUUGGACUGCUUUGGUGGUCGGUUUGCUGAUGUACACCGGCACCAUUUUCAUUUAUCGCUUGAUUUUCGUGCGCUUCUACGUCCCUCGAGAGCUUGAGGUACCAAAGUUUUGGACAGCCUUUGACAGCAUCGUGGACGUGAUGUUCGUGGUGGAUUUACUGAUCCAGUUUUUGUUCACGUACACUAGCGAGAAAGGGACAGAGGUGGCGGUGCCAAGGAAGAUCGCAGUGAGAUACCUGUCCGGCUGGUUUUGGGUGAAUGCGAUUUCGUGCAUACCAGAGGAGGUCGCCAGCCUUGUCUAUGCCUCGAUGGUGGGUGAUGCCACGGAGAGCUCCCCGACCGGCGGGCACAGGUCGCUGAGGCUGGUGCGGAUGCAGAGGAUGACCAAGAUCGUCCGCAUGUUGAGACUGGUGAAACUGACCCAGUUGACAGAGCGGCUCAACCUGGACACAUACAUCCAGAGAUACAAGGUUGUUGCUGUCUUGAACACUCUCUUCGGACUUGUUUGGGCAGUACAUGUGAUGGCCUGUGGCUGGUAUCUUUGUGCAGCUCUUCAUGCGGAUCCGCUCGAAACCUGGUUAGCCCGUCGUCAUGUUGGCGUCGACCAGGAGAUGCUGCUGAACUUUCCACCCCUCGACCAAUGGGCUCAUUCCAUGUACUUUGUCUUUGCAGUCUUCACCACAGUUGGCUUUGGUGACAUCUCUGCCUUCACCACCGGUGAGAUCAUUUAUUGCACUCUGACCAUGAUGGUGGGUGCCAUCGUCCACAGUUUGAUUGUUGGCCAAGUCAUUAGCGAGGUCACGAGUGACAACACCGUGAAUGCGUUUCUCAAGAACAAGCUGAAGCUAGCCAAAGAGUUUGCAGCUCACGCGAAUCUAGAUGCAGCCGGGUCAAAAGCGCUAUCCUUGUGGCUGGAGACAAACGCCCGAGAUUUGAUGACGGAGCAAUUUAAACUGGAUGAGAUGCACCAGCUGGUUGCGAAUGAUAUGCCCUUAUCCUUGAUGAAGGAGCUCCAUGGCCGUCUCUUCAAGGGGCAGCUGGUACGGAAUGGGUUUCUACGGGUGCCCUUUGUGGUGACUACCCCGCCACGAUUGCAGUUGCUCUUGUCACUGGCGUUGACGCCUAAGUUCUACGAGAAUGGCCACCUUUUGUACCACGCAGGCGAUUCUGCCUUCCACAUGUUCCUAGUCCUCAGUGGCACCUUUGCGUUUGUGGCUAGACCAGAGCGACCGAGCAAGAGCCCUCGUGCGAACGAGAUGUGGCCGUAUCAGCUCUUCUCUCACAACAGCUAUUUCGGAAACUUCGAACUGCAUGGUGGGGUGAAACAGUUCCGUCGCUGCAACGCGCGCUGCGAGUCGGAGAAGGGCCAGGCGCUGCGGCUGCCGCGCGAGCACUACAGCCGCCUGUGUGGGGAGUUCCCACAGUUUUGCGCAGCCUGGUAUUCAGAAUGCUUGCGGCGGGAAGCACUACGGUGCCGCUUGCUAGAGAUGCACACCAAGAUGCUGAAUUACCGUGUGUUGGCUGCGCGGCGGCUGCAGAGAUAUUUCAGAAGUGUGAAGGCUGACUGGGAUCAGCGCAAGAACCAGGAUGAUGACUCGACAGGGCUUCCCUCUGAGAUCAGACGGCAUUCGUGGCACUCUUCCUCCGGCGAGAUGAGUGCAUCAGUGGGCACACUAUCUGUGGAUUCGAUGCUUGAUCAGAGCCGUGGCCUUGAGUGGAAGUCGUCCGUCACACGCAGAGCUAGCUUCAAGCAAAAGUGCGAAGAGGACCCGCUGGCACGACAGCAGCAGCUUCUUGACCAUGUGUCAGCGCUUCAAGCCACUGCUGAAAAGCAGGGAGAAGCCAUAGAACGUUUGCGCUGGGAGAUGAGACAGGCUAUCGCAGGCGUGGCAGCUUUGGUCUCGGAAAAGCUGGGUGAUGGCAGUGUUUCUCCUGCAAGGCCCAAUUUGGUGCUGUGAGUUCGCGGAGUCUGCGGUAAAAGUGGCUGGAGGGUCCCACUUAGAUGAUGAACAGAGAGCAGCUAAGCAAAGCACUCAAAAGCACUUAAACCUUCAGCGCUUUCCGGUGCAUGGAAAACCAUCCCCAGAUCAAGGAGGGAUGUGGAGAAACUUCUAACUGCUUUUAUUGGAAACAAGUUGGCUGAAGAGCCUGUACCUUGGCUGCACGUUGCUUUCAUUUUGCUGCUGCCUGCCGCCAAGCGCCAGCAACAGCAUCAAUCCGAAUCUCUUUUUCUUCCCGACCGUUGGGUUGUGACGGUGGUCAAAUUUUCAGUUUUGAGGAUGUCCUGGUCAUGGACGAUGGAUGCCCAAGAUGCCAAGAUGCAGUCCAACACAAACAGUGAAACAAACUACAGUAUAUUUGCAUCAGGUGACACUUGGAAAAGUGAGACUGCAGAUGGCAGCCAUGUUGUUGCACCAGUCAAUGACAGUAAGCUGUAAGCUUGAAACCAGGACCACCUAGCCAGAGUGCAGAUCUUGAUCCUGGAGCGAAAGACUACACAGUGUAGCUUCAAAAUGAAGCAGCUGUAUUUUUCAUCUUUAGGGUAGAAGAGCGGCCUGCAGUCGUUGUAGGUCGUCUGAGCACCAGGGCGCUCACACCACGUAUGA